UCGAGAAAUAAAUAUCAAUUUUGAUACGAAACUUUAUACAAGCAAAACGAUCAAUUAUCAACUACAAUCUCCCACUUCAGGGGAAUCUGUUACACAAAAAAAGCUUGAUCACCAUGAACCGCAUUGUUUGACGCAAACGCAGUGAAUUAAGUAUUGUCGCUUUUGCACCGCGGUCGCACCGCCAAACAAUGUUGAUAUUGUCAUUCACACAGUAAAUAAGGCAAUCCGUUUGACCAUAAAUCUGGUGCUAAUAUGCCACGAACAUAUUACCACGCACCUUGAACAAAGAUUUCAUUCAUCGUCGAGUUAAGCAGCCGCUCAAUUAUAUCAGAUACGGUUGGUCGCAAUGUAGCAUCUUGCUUCAAAAUCCAUCUGCACCAAACACAACAACCAAUUACCUCGUUCAGCACCUGCACACCUCACCUUAGAGUGCAAAAGGCCCACUGUAUUAUUUCGCAAAACUUUGAUGAGUAAAAAACAGUUUUUUGAGAAUUUAAUCGGACCGGUGUCUACUAGGAAUAUGCACUCCACGACGCGCACGACACCCAAAUUGUAAAAAGAGCAUUCAAAUGGCGAAUCCGAAUGUCAUUGCGUAAAAGCAAGCAGCCUAGUGACCACACGUCGGUGGCGCUGGUAAAGUGCUAAUGGGCUGGUACCUCGUAAAGUUCUGGGGUCGGAAAACGUUUGAGCCAAGCGCAUUUGUGCAACAUGUGUAAGCUCUGCUGCCUUACCUGGCGCCAGAUAAACAAUGGAUCUAUAACGUCAGCCGUGCUCUCCUUUGGCGAACAGCAUGAGAAUUUCCGGCGGAGACAAACAAUGACGCAAGCACUGAUUAAAUGACUGAUACCUUCAUAUCGCGAUGUGCAAGUGGUGGUGCAUUUACGUGCAGUUCUGUUUGUUACAGCUCGACAGAUCUGGAGAAAAAUGUCCAGAAUGUGAGCUUCAGGAAAUCGCACGUCUUUCUGUCAUAAAAUUGUUGCAACUUGUCAUAACGAAGUGGCGAACCCAAAGUAUUGUACAGUUAAUACUUAUUGCAGUAUUUAUCAGAUUGCGUAAUGUUCCAAUCUAUCUUCGAUAGUAAAAGUUCAGGUCAACACAAACUCAUAUGCUCUUGCAAUCAUCAGCAAGAGCUCAAGCGCUUCCAAAUAUAGGAACCGCAAACAAUACUCAAGCGCUUCAUCUUCAGUGGAUAAAACAGCGUAAUCAGCUAGCGGCAUGAUGUUCGGGUGCGUGAAAGCCUUAUCUGCUCGGCCAGCUGCACUUGUUUGUCUGUCUGGCAUAAUAUUUUUUCAACUCAAAAGCCUCGCCUGUAUCAAUAUUUCUGGCUGGAUAAACGAAAAUUCUCCUUGUGCAAUCGCAGAGCUGAUAAGCACUCGGUAAGUGAAUUUUUCGAGCGACGUGACAUGAGGAGGAAACAAUAACCAUGUACGUUCGGCCACUCUGCAUACGCACGAAAUUCGAGUAUUUUAGACAUAAUAGAAUUCGCCGGGAUGCAUAAAAAGGGAAGUAUGUCACGGCUGGGCAGAUGUGACCUGAUGAUGACAAGAAGUCCAACUUAAGUUCGAAUAGAUUGCGUUCAUUCUUUCAGAGA